UUAAGAAACAAAUAGUCUGAAUUCGUCGUCGAAAAAAUAAUUUGUAUAAUAUUAGAUGAAUUUCUUUUAAAAUUACCCGGCUACAAAAAAGAAUUGAUGUUUUACAAAUUUUUGUAAGCAUCGAUUCAUCGAUUUCACCAUUCGGUGACUCUAUAUUCAACUUGUCACAAUUAAAUUACGGAGUUAAUAAUUCAGUUAUUUUAAAGCCAAUCAUCAUAAUUAAAAACACAAAUUAUUGAUAAUUGGUUCAAAAUUGAGAGCGACUAGAAUGUGAAAAUGCUGAAAUACAUCAAGAGGCAGACGAGCCGCCGACGCAGCUCUCACGAAACGACUUUGGUGGAUGCUAGUGGCGUCGACGAUGAUGAUGUGGUCGAUUGUGCUGCGACAGCGGCGCAAAAACGUCAUUCAUUGCGCUCGACAACAAGUUUCUGUGAUGAAGUCUUUAUGGAGGAGGAGGAGAAGAUGGAGACGGCACCAGCAGCGGGCGAUGCAGUCAGCUUGGGCAAUGGAAGCUUGCUAAAUUUUGUCGCCGAUGAAGAUAUAUUCAAAUACAACUCGCGUCUCUCCAUGUCGCUGGCAGCCAUUGUGAGCGAACCUGAUUGCCUCAGUUACUUUGUACAAUAUCUGGAGACACAGAAUGCACUGUCACUAAUCAAAUUCUAUCUGGACAUUGAGAACUUUCGACGUGCAGCACUAACGCAGUUGCAACACGAACGUGCAGCUUCGGAAAGCAACGCCACAGCUGUCGAUGUGGCGCAACAACAAGCUGUGGAGACAGCAACAGCUACGACAACAGUUGUCACCGAGGAGGAGACCGAGGAGAACGAUGUACCUGAAUUGAAAACACUUUGCGACUUGUCCAUGCGCAAGCCGCUUACCGAUGACGAGAAGAGUCGCAUCUAUGCGGAGACAAACAAACAGAUGCACCAGAAGCCACCCAAAUCACAGUCGAUCAGUGCGGCGAGCAUGAACGAUGCCAUUGCCAUCUAUCAAAAGUAUUUGAUUGUGAAUGCGCCGCACCAAUUGGAGUUGCCCAUUGUCAUCUUGGCGCACAUCUCGUUGUUGUUGUGUGGCAAGGACAAUAGCAGCAAGGAUGGCAAGUCGCCGCAGCCCAUCUCCGCCAGCUGCUUCGAGGAGGCGCGUGAAUAUGUCCUCCAGCAGCUGGAACGCGAACAGCUGCAAGGUUUCCUGCAGAGCAGCUACUACUGCAAAUACUGUGUGGAGCUAAUCGAGGGUCAAUCAUCCACGUUAAGCAUAUACGAUGUGUUGUACGAUGAGCUGGCGCUGUUCUAUCUCACCGAGUACUUGGAGCAGCAGCAGGAGCGCGAAUGCUUGGAGUUCUGGAUAACUGCCAUCAAUUUUCGCAAAAGCUACGAUGAGCAGGCACAACGUGCCGCUCAAACGGAUGCCAUGAUCAUCUAUGAACGCUACUUCUCGCUGCAGUCUGAGUGCCGUCUGUGGAUGUCGCAGAAGCUGCGCAUGCGCGUCGAGCAGGCGAUCUGUGCACCUGGGCAGCUGGCACAUGCCUUUGACUUGGCACUGUUGGUGACUGCCAAGUAUUUGGAGCAAAAGCAUUUUGCCAACUUUCUCAAAUCGCACAUCUUCGACAAUUAUGUGAAUGAGCUGAAGGCCAAGAUGUCGCCGCUCCCUCAAGUGCCUGUCGAGGAUGUGCCCGAUAGUUCGAGCCUGCAACACAGACUGAGUCUGCGUCGCACGCCGAAGUUGUCGCCUCAACAGCAGCAACAGCAGCGUCAUCGCAAAACGAUGUCUAUGUCCGACUGCACGCAUAUUUCGCAGCAUAACACGCUGCUGGCUGGAUUAGACACUGGCCAUGCUAAACCGGUCAAGACAACGACAGCGAACAUGAUGAAUAUUGAUGCCAGGCAACUGACAAAUCCCCAAUUGCUAUGGCAACGUCCGGUAAGCGCACUCAAGUUCGGCCACGUUAAUUCGCUCGGUCGCUAUGAACGGGAUUUCGAUGCGGUGGAUGCGGUGAGCUCGUCGAAGACGCCUGCGUGGUCGCUGAGCGUGAAGAAUGCCAUGCGUAAGCUGGUCAAUCUGCCCGAGGAUAAUGUGCAGGAAGAGAUCGCCUGGCAGGUGGCCGAAAUGAUUGUCAAAGAUGUGACCAGCGUGACAUUACAGCGCAACAAUUGAAUCGAAUUAACCCCUGAAACUUUGCAAUAUUUAUUUAGUUGUAAGCACAAUAUGUUUUUCAUAUUAUUUUAUUAUCGCUCAAAUACUUUUGAUGAAGAAUCUCUGUGUCACAAAUGCGUGCACAAAUGAUGCAA